GGUGGCGCGGGCGGCGGGGACGCAGCUGCCCCCUCUCUGCGCCCGCCGCACCCCCCGCUGUCACGGCCGUCUGGGCCCGGAGCCGCUGGACGCAUCCUCGUCUGGCGGCUGCGGGCGGGGGCGCCUCAGGAUCCAUCUUCUGAAAAUUAACUUCUCAAGAUGAAGUUUUUAUUGGCGUUUUUCUUUUUUAUUUUAAUUUCUUUUUGGGUUGAAGAAGCUUAUUCUAAGGAGAAGUCUUCAAAGAAAGGAAAGGGGAAAAAGAAGCAAUAUCUAUGCCCAUCCCAGCAGUCAGCAGAGGACCUUGCCCGUGUACCUGCCAACUCCACGAGCAAUAUCUUGAAUAGGCUGUUGGUUAGUUAUGAUCCCAGGAUAAGGCCAAAUUUCAAAGGCAUUCCUGUUGAUGUAGUAGUCAACAUUUUUAUCAACAGCUUUGGAUCCAUUCAAGAGACAACAAUGGACUACAGAGUUAACAUCUUUUUAAGACAAAAGUGGAAUGAUCCUAGGUUGAAACUCCCCAGUGAUUUUCGGGGCUCAGAUGCACUAACAGUGGAUCCCACAAUGUACAAGUGUCUGUGGAAACCUGAUUUAUUUUUUGCAAAUGAAAAGAGUGCCAAUUUUCAUGAUGUCACCCAGGAAAAUAUCCUUCUCUUUAUUUUCCGGGAUGGAGAUGUUCUUGUCAGCAUGAGAUUAUCUAUUACUCUUUCAUGUCCUUUGGACUUGACCUUGUUUCCCAUGGAUACACAACGUUGCAAGAUGCAGCUGGAGAGUUUUGGUUAUACAACCGAUGACUUACGAUUUAUCUGGCAGUCUGGGGAUCCUGUUCAGUUAGAAAAAAUUGCCUUACCUCAAUUUGAUAUUAAAAAAGAGGAUAUUGAAUAUGGUAAUUGCACAAAAUACUACAAAGGCACUGGUUAUUAUACAUGUGUGGAGGUCAUUUUCACUCUCAGGAGACAAGUGGGGUUUUACAUGAUGGGUGUCUAUGCCCCAACCCUCCUCAUUGUCGUUCUCUCCUGGCUUUCUUUCUGGAUCAACCCGGAUGCCAGUGCAGCCAGAGUGCCCCUGGGUAUCUUCUCCGUACUCAGCUUGGCUUCAGAGUGUACAACCCUGGCUGCUGAGCUUCCCAAAGUGUCUUACGUAAAAGCACUUGAUGUAUGGCUCAUCGCUUGUCUUCUCUUUGGCUUUGCUUCACUGGUGGAAUAUGCUGUUGUCCAGGUGAUGUUGAAUAAUCCCAAACGAGUUGAAGCAGAAAAAGCCAGAAUUGCUAAGGCUGAGCAAGCAGAUGGAAAAGGUGGAAAUGCCGCUAAAAAGAAUACUGUGAAUGGCACUGGGACACCUGUUCACAUUAGCACUUUGCAGGUUGGUGAGACCAGAUGCAAGAAGGUUUGUACCUCCAAGUCUGACUUAAGAUCAAAUGAUUUCAGCAUUGUUGGAAGCUUACCAAGAGAUUUUGAAUUAUCAAAUUAUGAUUGUUAUGGGAAACCUAUCGAAGUUAACAAUGGACUUGGGAAAUCUCAGGCAAAGAACAACAAAAAGCCUCCCCCGGCCAAACCUGUCAUUCCAACUGCAGCAAAGCGAAUUGAUCUCUAUGCAAGAGCACUAUUUCCUUUUUGCUUCUUGUUCUUCAAUGUUAUAUAUUGGUCUGUAUAUUUAUGAUAAACAUUUUCCAUUUGUACACAAUAAAAUCCCAUUUAAUUGUAACAAACCUCAUUCAUAAAUGCCAAUCAGAGAAAAUUUUUGCAUUUUCAUACCAAUAUAUUGCAUUUUGGAUGCCAUUUGAUUGUAACAAAAAUGUGGCACCUUAAUUUUGACUGACAGCAUGAUCUUGUUAUGUCUGUGCUUUAAUAAAGCUGUAUAUAUGUAUAGCAAGCAUCUUGCUUUAGAAGCAAGUGAAAUAUAAGUAUAGUGCAUAAUCUAAAUUCCAAUGAUUUUCAUCAGUUAGUAUUAAUUACAAUUAUUUCAGAUAAUUCAGAUAAUAAAAUGAUGUGCACGCCAAAUCUUGUUGUGAUCGCCAUUCUAAUGUGUAGCAUUACAAAUUUCCUUCCUUGUAACAGUCAGAGAAAGCCAUUCUAUUCUUGUAUAACUUUAGAUAGUAUUGUGACAGACCAAUUAAACAAAAUGAUAUUACAUAACAUUUCAACUUUGUAAGUAGAAAAUAUCAGUUAUAAAUAUGUGAGCUCUCUAAAGAAAUAAAGUUCUAAAAAUUGCUAA